CUUUGCUCGUUUGCAUAGAAAGGGGGUUCUGGGUUUUGAAAGAUAGAUGUAGGGAGGAACUAUGUUAUUAUUUGUGUUUGUUGUCUUUGUGAGUGUUUUGAACGUUGUUGAGUGCUGUUGAUAAAUGUGAUAGUUGAAAUACGAUUUGAUUGAUUUUGAAAAGUUCAGAAAUCGGACUGUCAGUUGCAGUCAUCAGUGGAUAGAAAGAGCUUAAUUGCAUUAUUAAAGGUAGAAGGCUGUGACAGCAAGAUGCCUCUUAUUGAAGGUGUCGGAGAUGAGGUGAUACAGUUCUUCUCGGUGCUGAUUGGUGUGAUUGUCGCGGUGGUGGCCUGGCGAUCCACAGGAAUCUCUGAUAGGCCUAUCUUCCGUACGGUGCGGAACCGCACCUAUAUGGUGCUGAUACUGGAACGUCGCAGCCGCCUCAGACAAGCUCUGGGGGAACUCCCACCUCCCAGUGCCACCGUAGGGGCCAAUUCGUCUGUAGAGAGUGACGAUACGGGGCAAACGGACGUCACUGUUGACGCGGCGGAUGAGGGUUCUCCGGCAGAAGAGACGACGGCUGACGACACUCUUGCAGUUGCCGAGGCAGAAGCAGGAGGUGACACAGAGAGCGGCUCCGUGGACGACAAAGAGCCCGAUUCGGAGGGCACUGGUUCGCCAAACACUUUGAGGAGGAGGAGACUGGCUUUCUUCCAAAGUCGUCAGGUGACUCUUUUAGAGCCAAAUGCAACGUCUGAUGUUGUUGUGGAAGCUAGUGCUCCACCUGCAGAGGAAGCCAGCUCUGCAGCGGAAGAUGCCGGAGACUGCAUACGUAUCAGACUGAAGUACCUCAACGACGAUCAGAAACUCGUCGAUGGCAAGCUGAAUGAGCGGUUGGGGGAUUUUAAAAGGAGGCACUUCGCUUCCGAGCUGUCGGCAGACAAACUGGUGCGGCUGAUUUUCAACGGGCAGGUGCUGGGCAGCGACUCGGAGACCCUGCGACAGUUGGGCCUAUUCGACAACUGCGUCGUGCACUGCCUGGUGCACACGCCGCGCCCAGGAAGCACAGGUGUGGGGUCAUCGUCCCAACUGCACUCGCAGCAGUCGAGUCUCCGGGGCAGCCUCACACUGGGGGGCGGUGACGCUGGUGUGGGCGGAGCGGUGGGGACAGAGGGUGGACGUGAGUGGGACCUGGGCAAUGUGCUGUUCGCGUCUCUCAGCCUGGCGCUGGGGGUGGCCUGGUACUGCCGCCUGCAGUACGCCCAGCUGUUCAGCGUCACAACGACCGUCGCGCUCGUCGGGCUCACUGGGGUUGUCGCCUUCACUGUGCUGGGCACCUACAUCCCGGACCAGGAUGUCGUGCGCCAGUAAGGGGAGGAAGUGCGCAGCGCGGGCGUACUUUCCUACCGUCUGUCCCUCGUGACUCGAAAGUCGCCGAGUGGAAAAUGUUAAACUGUUAUCAGAAACGUGCGUACUGUAUCUUCCCUCCGAGCUGCGUGAAGGUAAAUACUUGUCGAGGAGAAGGGUAACUGUAUGGAUUACCCACUUCUUUUUGUUCAUAAAAUAAGAAACAAUUGUAUCUCUGUUCUUCAGAGAUUUUUUUUCCAAAUGUCGGCCAAGUUUGCUAACAAUCUGACAGAGCCAUUUCGUCAUCUUACAGUCACAAAGAACUUUUCACUGAUGUGUGAGAGAAUAUGAUGUACAGGCAGACAAAACUUGUGUGCCGAGUAUGCGUUUGAACCAGGAUCGCUCUCCUUGUCUUGUCACUUUUCUAAUCAUUACUAUGGUUAUGGUUUCUGUCACUUUUGGUGCUGUAGAUUUCCAUAUUCUUUGCAGGUUGCACCUGUGAGGAAGGAUGUUUGUUGUUAGAAGGUAUAUCAUGGGAGACUAAAUUUGUGCUGGUAAUUGUAAGACUGAAAAGGGUAAUUUUCUGACAGUAAGGGGCAAUUGAUAAAUACAGUUCCUCUCCUCUCCUACACCUCCCUUUACUCCUUUUUCAGGCUGUAUGAUAUUUCCACAUAUUUUAUUUUGUAUGCAUUGCUUGUCAGGGAAGGUUUAUUCAGUGCCAUCUAGUAGUGAAGGGCUUCACGUGCAGCAUUGUUGUAAUGUAAAAGGUUACAAGGAAACACAGUUUUAUUGGGUAUAAGUUGGGUGAAAUUAAGGAUUCUGCAAUGUCUGUGUAUGAUAUCGUUACUUUACACAUCAGAGCACAAGUAGUUGGUUCCUAGUGUGGCUCAAAGCUUUCAGUCUCCCAUGAUGAUUGAUCUUUCAUACUCAGCAGCGUAAAAUUGUGUUUGGAAAUGACUGUCAGACUAUGACAAGCCACUGGUACAUUACUGGAGAGAAUUAAUUCUGACUGUGUUACCCAAAAGGAAAAUUUGAUGUAUACAGCUUGAGUUUCAAAACAAUUUUUUUUCCCCCUCCCCAGCCUGGUUUCCUUGAUUCAUUCUCAUUUCUGCUAUAUGCUCUUGUAAAUAAGUACCACAUGUGGUUGGAAAGUAAUUUUUCAGCAUACAUUCAGUGCAUGGUUUCUGAUUGUGUUGCCAUUAUUUAUGGUACAUUAGUUGAUGAGUACAAUCUGCGUCUCUGUCAUAGAUAAGAGAAUUGUUUGCAUUAAUAUUUUUCCUCAUUUUACUGCAGUGUACACAUUGAUGAGUAAACAUUGGCAUCAUAACGAAAUUAAGGUAAAUUGCCCUUAAUGAAAGGACCAGUUCAUUAUUUUUUUAUUAUUAUUUUAAUAAUGGAUACGGAUCCUCUCUAGUAUAUUACUAGUCUAAAAACUACAAAAGUUUGUUGCUGUAUGUAACUUGUGACAGAUAUCAUAAGACCUGCAAUAUCCAAGUGGCAUGACUGUGGAAUAAAUGUGUUUGUGCUGUCAGGUGAUUAUGUUAUACUUGAUACACAGACGGGUAAAAGUUUUCAUUUUUUUAAUGUGUAGUUAACACUUGAAGAAGCUUUGUUAUUCUCUUUCCUCUAGUUGUGAAUAUAGAGAGACUUAAAAAGUUAUUUAGUAUCACAGGAAAACUGUCUCCUCUAUUUACUGUAAAUACAUGUGAAAUAAUUUAUAUAUGUAUAUUAUUGUACAAUAUGAAGAGGAUGUAAUUAAGGACUGUAUGUAUAAAUAUAUAUAUAUAUAUAUACAUCGUUGUUUUACUGUUUUUAUUAUUUUAUGUAUUGCCUUUUGUAUCAUAUUUCAAGAGAAAACUCUAAAACUGAAAUUCCUACCCUUUGAAAUACAAUCAGAUAGAUUAAAGAGCAAUGUGUUUAUUUCCCAAUACACAGUACAUGCAUGCAUUUCAGAAAUUUAGAAAGAAAAUGACAUAAAUUAUAGUGGUCAGUAAAUUUAGAAAUAGGCACAAAAUAUGCAGUUCUGUUCACAUGGGACCAUUGCUUGUUUUGUUGCUGAAGUGUAGAUUGCAAUUUAUAAGAUGUGGCAAGUGCCAAAAUUUUGAGCCAUUGUGUUGAAGAAAAUGUGUACAUUGUGCAAAUAUCAGUGGAAUUUUCUAUGUGAAUUCUUGUAAGUACGAGCAUGUUAAGGUUAUCAAGUUUAUUUGUGAAGCUUGUUUUAGUAAACAGUAUUCUUCUGACAAUAAAGUUGCUGACAAAGGA